AUGAGCAUAUGUACAAUCAUAGAACACGUACGACUGCAGAUUCCUUCUGACGUACCGCUGGCAGUUCAACAAUGGCAGGGGCUGAUUGCAGUUAAUUAUGCCGCGCGUAAGGCUGGCAUACAGAGACAUUGUACUGCUCGAGAAGCAUUGGCUGCAUGUCCUGACUUGAAAUUAGUUCACGUUGCGACGUACGCAAACGGAGAGAAAGAGCCAAAAUACCAUCCUAAUCCAAGCUAUGCUACUCACAAAGUAUCGCUAGAUCCAUAUAGACGCGCAAGCGCGUCAAUCUUUAAGAUUUUCCAGAGAUUUUGUAAUAUAGUCGAACGUGCUAGCGUGGACGAAGCUUACAUGGAUGUAACGGAUAUCGUCAAUUCAAAACUAUUGGGAAUGUUUUCGAAUUUAGAUGAAAAUUCCGAGGCUCCUGAUGUGGAAUGGGCCAACCUCGGGACAAUCUAUGAGAACAGCGAGGCAAGUUAUGUACCCACAGAUUCCCAUAUAGACAAUAACGAUAAAUGGUGUGACUGGCAGUUGGCUGUGGCUGCCAAGCUUUGUGCAGAGAUAAGGGAUUCCAUACACAGGGAAUUGGGUUAUACUUGUUCGGCAGGUAUUGCCCAUAAUAAGACUCUCGCAAAGCUAUGUUCUGUAUUGAACAAGCCCAAUGGACAGACGGUCAUGAGAUCCAGUCAAACACUUGGUUUCAUGUAUUCUAUGCCAUUCCAAAAAAUACGUAACUUGGGUGGGAAGCUGGGUAAUUUCAUUGAAGAUGUGCUGCAAGUUGAAACUGCCGGAGAAUUAUGGAAGUUUAGCGUUGACGAACUGCAAGCCAAGUUUGGCAGGGUAACAGGAGCUUGGCUCUUUGGUAUUUGCCGAGGGAUAGACAGUGAAGAAGUCGUUCAUAGGAACGUUGCAAAGUCCAUGAUGGCGGCCAAGUCAUUCCGUCCGCCAGUGAAAAAUUUGCAACAGAUCCAACACUGGGCUACAAUACUUGGGACAGAAUUGUAUACGCGCGUAAUAGAUGAUUUCGAACUUAACCAACGCUGGCCCAAGAAUUUAGUGAUUCAUUAUAGAUGUAUCUCACAAUCUGCACCUCGCUCAAAAUCAUGCCCUUUCCCCCGUAGAGGAGAAUUAUUUUCGCCGGAUACGAUCUCGACCAAGAUAUCAGCACUGUUCAAAAACUCGCCAUACGCGUUUCCCUGUGUAAGAUUAGCAGCUUCAGCUACUGGGCUGGGUAAAGAUAAUAGCGUAGGGAUGAUUGACAUUAGCCAAUUCGUCGCCAUACGUCGAGAUGCAGGAGAGGAUACAGCUAUUAACAGUGAUCAUAAAAUGAAUAUGCACGCACACGAGACUGCUUCCACAGAGAAGCGGCAGAAGAAUUCACCGGAAUCAUCCUUGAUGAAGGGACAAGUCACUCUUGACCAAGUCUUGCAGCAGAAUUGUAAUCAGACCCCACAAGAGUCUGAAUCAAAAAUUGAAGACACGAGACUAUCCGAGUCUUAUGAUAAGUUCGGUUUAUCUCCUGGCGAUAUACGAAGGUUUUUUACCAAUGCGACUGCUUCAACCGAUAGUUCUGGACCAGAUAUCGUGCCAAGCGAUUUGAGUGUUACAAAGAGUACUAAUGAAAUGUCUUCGUGCGACAAGUGCAAUAAAAUGAUACCACAGGAUCAAUGGAUUGAACAUAAGGACUUUCACUUUGCAUUACAAUUACAAAGAGAAGAUGAUAGCGGCAGGAAGUUAGUGCUAACCACCAAUGACGGAAGUAAGAAGAAAAGGAAAAUAGACAUUAGUAAUUAUUUUAAGAGUAGAACCGGCUAA